AAUAUCGAUUGCUUAGCAACAUAGCAACUUAUGCAAGAUGGCGGAAUUCUGAUCAGCCGCAGAAAAACAACAAAUAGUCGAUGACAGUUUCUAGCGGAUGACAGUCGAAUUUAAUAAAAAUAGAUUAAGGCUCUCUCACUGGAAAUGCGUCUUUGGAAUAUCUUAUGAAUGGAACAUUACUGUGUCAGAUUGUGGACUCUCGAAUUCAGUGACAUUUAAUGGCGGUGCAAGCCAAACUGGCACCGUUCCCUGCGAGGCACCAGAGUCACAGAAUUUAUCCGCAUUGCCGAUCUAGUUUGGCAGUAAGUAUGGAAGAAGAUGACUUAGCAAAAUUGCAAAGCGAUACAUAUAGCUACAAAUUGGAAAUACUUGAUCGAUUAUAUACGCAGGCAUUAACAAACGGAGGACACCUGCCUUUUAGAAAUUGUACUAAUGCAGCUGUCUACAGUAGUCUAUCAUCAGCUUUGUGCGACCCUCAAUCAGAUGUUAGGCAGAAAUGUAUAGAACUGAUAGAUCACACAUUAGCCCAACAAGAAAACGUGGAUUCAUGUAUGUCUGUUCUUAUGCAGAAGCUGAUACCAAAUAUAGGCGAUAGUAACAUCGCUAUUCGUAAAGCCGUAACUCAAACUUUAAAGCACUAUAUGUCAUUGACGUCCGACCUCCAGGAGCUGAUAUCGGCUAUCGUUAACUAUGGCUUAUCUAACCCGGACACUCAUAUUAGACGAGAGACAAUUAUAGCUCUACCGAUCAUCCUACACGACGACCAAUUCGCUCACGAAAACUUCUUUAAACUCGCUCAGUCGCUAUGUCAAUGUUUACGCGAACGCGACGCUGCUAUGAAAAGGGUCGUUCUGACGGCGCUAGGUCAUAUUAGAAAGUUGGUCGGAGACUCACAAUUUUCGGCCUACAUUAAACAAAUGCCCCACACGCAGCAAAGUUUUUAUUACGAAGCAGAGGGAGGGACAGGCGAUCAGGCUUGGAUAAAUUCUCAGUAUUCAAAUUUUUCGGCAGAUGAAGAUGAUGGGGAAGAAGAGGAAGAAGAAAAAUUGGAAUUUGGAGUAAUUCCUCAAUACAUAAUGACAAAAGUCUACAAUACAAAAAGUACUUCUAUCCGCCAAACUGGUAUGGAACAAUUGUUCGCCACUGUGUCAAAAUUGGAUGAUAUUGGCGUACACUGCCUGCAGCCUCACCUAAUGGGCUUCAUAUCUUUCCUGCAUAACAUGCUUGACGAUCCACAUUUUAAAUUAACUAUGUUAAUUUUGGAUACUAUAGGAUCGUUAGUGAACGUUUUGGGUCCAAAAGCACAACACUAUACUCGUUCGUUUGUAUUAGCUUUUACUAAACGAAUGCCGGAUGCUCUAAUGAAGAUUAGUAUUAUGAAGGGAUUUAUUACUCUUAUGCAUGCCCUUACUCCAAAAAUUGUAGUUCCUUUUUUGGCUGACAAUCUCCGACAUAAGAAUCAUAAAAUUAGACAGGAGACAUUAAAUGUGAUCAUUGCAACUGUAUUAAGAUUUCCUUCUAAUGAUCUAAACCUUGGAGGAAUUUGCCAAUUAAUCGCCCAUACUCUUGUUGAUCCAAAAAAGCAAGUUAGAUUAGCGUCUCUCGAGUGUUUUUCGUCAAUUGCCCAGAGCAUGGGAGCCGGAAGAAGAGAACCAUUAGCCAACGCCGUUGAUAGUGUUGAAUUGUCCAGUAAUGGCGAAGGCGCUUUGGCUGCUGUCCAAGCUCGUUUGGCUAGGCGGCUUUUACCAAAAAUCAAUACCAACGGAUUAGUUGAAUACGCUACGCCGUUGUCUAAUCGCAAUUCAUUUCAGGGUGUAGAUAUCGACUGGAUAGAACAAGCCAGCAGUAGCACAAAUUCGGCGCGUUCUAUGAGAUCGAUACCAACCGAUGUUGAAGUUGAGUCCGUAACUUCUUUCAGCGCUCGUUCGACACCUACUCCAGGAGAGAGUACUAACACACCUCGUCGUAUUAUCAGCGCCAAAUCAAAAUCCAAGUUACCAUGGAGUGCAAGUGAGGACGGAGAUCGUCUUAGUUUCUCUUCUUCUUGGCCUGACCCUCGAAUGUUUGAAGAAGCCAGAUCAAUAGCUUCAGCAAGUUCACAAACGGCUCAGACUCCUACUCCUACGCCGAGACGGGUUCUUGAUCCAAUACCCAUGUCGGCUGCCGAACAAGAAAGGGAAACACCAAUACCCACAAGAGCUAUAUUGGCCAGAUCAAAUUCUACUAAGAAUGGACGUCUUCCAUCGGCGGCGAGGAGACCUCCAUCAGGUAGAUCACCUAAUGCAGAUGCUGAAAAAGAGUCGGUUAUUAGUGGAGAGGAUGAGGAUGAAAUGAUGAGGUCAUUGACCGGCAUUCGGAACAGCGCUUCCAUGAAAAAAGCUGAAAAACAUAAUAGACCAGCGCCUAUUAUGACCAAUCAUCCUUCUGGCAAUCCACCUCAAGGGCCCUCAACUCCCACAUUCUCACCUCACGGAGGUGUUACUUUUAAUAUGAAUAGUGAUUUUAUGGCCAGUAUUAAAGGGACGGGUAUCGGUUUGAAUAACGAAAUUACAGAAAGUACGACUAGCGUGACAUCUCGCACGCCAAUUGCCCGAAAACCUGUUCAUAGGGCUCGAGAUUCAACUGCAGGAAUAAGUAGUUCAGAACAAGCUGAUUCAGCAGCUCUGAACAACAUAGCCUUACAAGGUAAAGGGGUCUUUGAACCUGACAAGAAUGAAUUAGAAGAAAUAGUUAAACCUUCAAAAUCAACACAUCCUGGUAGGGAUAGACGUCGAGUAACAAAACAACCUAAGGCUCAACCACCUUCUCCUGCUUUAAGAAAAAAGAACUCUACCGUAAGACAAGAUUCCCAAGAUAAAGCUGAAGGCGCAGAUUGCUCAUCACAUGAAGACGAUGAAUUGUCUCUUAAACCCUUUACGUCAUCAUCUUCUCCUCAUCAAUUAGUGGACAUGGCCUUAGGUAAACUAGAAAGCUCGGAAUGGGAGAGGAAAACAGAAGGAAUAAGAGAUUUUAGGCGAAUUGCUCGAUUUCACACAGAUUGUUUAAAAUUUAAGACGCACCAAAUUUCCUUGGGUAUAUGUGCUGAAGCAAAAAAUCUAAGAUCUCAAGUUGCCAGAUCAGCAGUUUUUUGUCUAAAAGAUUUAUUUUCGAACGCCCCUAAGUGUAUGGAUGCUGAAAUGGAUUUUUGUACUAAAACCUUACUUUUGAAAUAUGCGGAAUCGAAUCAAUUUAUAAAGAACGCUGUUGUUGAGGCUCUGGAUGCCAUCGUCGACAAUACCCAGAACCAUCUGCGCUGUGCCAACGCCCUAAUAGGAUUUGGAAUGCAGCAUAAGAAUCCGGUUAUUAGGGGUGUUACUGCGAGGUCUUUGCUAAAUUUAGUAAGACGGGCCGGAGUUUCCAAAAUAUUUGAAAAAUCUGAACUAUGUGAGCGUCUCCUUAAUGCAACAGUCCACAUGCUACAAGAUGGCGCUAGUGAUACAAGAACUCAAGCGGCGCAAAUAGUGCAUUUCCUAGCCGAUCACGAUAUGUUCGAAAGAAUGCUCAAUAAGUAUGUACCUGAUGAUCGCUUAAAAGCUGUUCGAGGGAGGAUAGAUAAAUAUAAGGCGCGUGUUCCUGAAUCGAUGUCUGAACCAGCUAGUGCUGCGUCAUCGGCCAAACGAAGCAGGUCGGUGACGUCGUCUAACAGAAGUCAAGGCCAGCAAUUGACUUCUGAUGAAUUAAAAGCGCUAACAUCGCAGUUGGCUGCAUCAGACUGGAGGGAGAGGCAGGAAGGUCUGGAAAAAGUUUUGAAUUUGGCUAGAAAUCGACCAGCUUCCAUCGGCGUUCAUAUGACCAGGGUUCUCGACAAACUAGCGUCGUGUGCAAGGGACAGCAAUUCUAAAGUCACGCUUUACACUUUGAACACUCUGCCCGAACUCGUCGAACUGCUCAACGAAUAUAUGUCGAUGUCACCAGCCGGCCAAUUAAGUCAGUUAGUCGGGGCUAUUACUUUAGGUAUGGCUAGCAAACAGAGAGAGACUCGACGGGCGGCGACCAAUGCAUUAGAUGCUGUUAUGAAUUUAGACGCCGCUCAAUUAUUACAGCCGUUUGUGAAUCAAGCUCAGGGGGCUAAUUCCAGACUUAAACCGGAUCUUGUCGAUAGAGUCGCAUAUCUUGUAUCUGAGGUUUACAACAAAAAACCGAAAGCAGUAACCCUUCACGCUGUUCCCUUAUUAUGGCACACUUUUGGUGUCAUGCCGUCCCCUCUAACAUCUACGUCCCCCAUCGUCCAAGCAGGAAAAAAAUUGGCUAUGGUUCUUUACAAAUUCAUGGGAGACGGUCUGUACGACGCUGCACCCAAUAGAUUUACAUCCACCCUGGCCGAUAUCUUGUAUAAUUGA